AUGAUCUUUAUUAAUCGUUCAGAUGGAGUAAGUUCUUUGCGUAAUACAAUCAGAUUAGCAAAAAUUCGCAUCAGGGAAAACAGAAGUAUAAUAAUAUUUCCAGAAGGUACAAGAACAACCGCAAAACACGGUGUAAAAUAUCAGCCAGGUGUUGCUGCUUUAUACAACGCAUUGUCUGUUCCUGUAUUGCCUAUAGCUUUAAAUACUGGCUUAUUUUGGCCAAAAAGUAUACUUUCCUUGAGAAGAACCCCUGGAAAAGCGAUAAUAGAAAUAUUACCCCCCAUAUACCCUGGGUUAAAUAAGAAUGAUUUCUUACAAAAUUUAGAAAAAAUUAUAGAAGAAAGAAGUAGCCAAUUGGUUUUGCAAAAAAACUAA